CCGGCAGACGCGGGGAGACGGCGCCGCCACGAUGCCGCUGUCCCAGAGCAGGGCUGGGCAGACCCCGUGCAGCAGCAAGGCCUGCAGGAACCUCUUUGGCCCCGUGGACCACGAGCAGCUCCAGCACGACUUUGAGGACACGAUAAAACAACAGCUGGAAGAAGCUCAGCAGCGCUGGAACUUCAACUUUGAGACAGAGACUCCCUUGGAAGGGCCAUUCAAGUGGGAGAGGAUCCUGGUGGCUGAGCAGCCACCCCAGGAGGUUCACAGCCUGGUCAGGGCUGUCAUCAGCAGUGACAGCAGGAGCUCCUUGGCCCACAGGGUCCCCCCCACGGACCGUGUUGGCAGGAUUUGCCCUGAGGAGGCUCAGCAGAGCUCGAAGGUUUACAAGGCUGGUUCCCUGCAGAGCUUGAAACGUGGGCAGACCACGAUCAAAGACUUCUACAGUGCCAAGAGGAGGAUCGUCCCUGCCCGGCCCCGGCCCUGACUCGCUGGGGCAGCUGCCACUGCCGGGGCGAGCGUGGCUCCCCCACCCUGUGCUGUGCUCACCUGUAGCAAUGUAGAGUCUGUAGUUCCCUAUUUAUGAGUAACUCUGGGGUCCUGAGGGACCUUCACUGUGUGCAAUGUAGUGGAGGAGCCCCACGGUGGGGCUGGAGGAGGACUGAGAUGGACCUGGUGGGAUGAAGGCACUGCCCUGUCUGAAGAAAAGCCCUGCCUGCAGAAAAGCAUCCUAUGCCCUGUGCCUGUGAGUCCAAACACCGUCCUUGUGCCAUCCUGCUGUCCAGCCGUGGUCUGUCCCCUGCCUAGGGGCUGGUCCUGGGGGACACUUGUGUCCCAACCACCUGGUGGCACCAGAUAUCUUUAAGAAAAGUCCCUGGUGUGGAUUGCAGAGCCCUGGGACACCCCUGCUGCUGGCACAUGGGGGUGGCCCUCUGUCCCAGCAGGAUGGACCCGAGCACUUGUCCAUGUGUGGGAGCAGAGUGAUGUGGAGGUUGCACCUUCCCACGGCUCUGGGCAGAGGAAGCUGUUCCCUGGACAAACCUUCCUUGGGGUGACUCCCUGGAGCAGUCACCGGGGCACCAACACUGCCCCCGGGAGGCUUUGGGAUCCCCUGCACUCUGCUGGCCCCAAAUCCCACUUUCUUACCUUGUUGUUGGCUUGUUGAGUGGUGCUGCUUGCCCCCACGUUCCUGCCUCCCUCAACACUGACACCAGGCUGGGGAGCCCCUGCCCUGGCUCUGCUGGGCUCCUCUAGGAAGAAGUUCUGCUCAGCAGCAGAGAUGAUGCUGAAAUAAGGAAUUGUAGCUUGUAUUCCUGGACUUUUUCUCCUUUGGGGCUGGCAGGGAGAGGACCCUUACCUGGCUCUGCUCUGGGACCAAGGGAUGGCCUGGAGCAGAGGCUGCUCAGUUCCAGCACUGAAGGAUGAGUCCCUGAGGGACUCGACACUGUCAAAUCUCAGCACUUUCAUGGAGUUCAUCUCCUGCUCUGCUGGAUUUGGACUCUGGAAACUGGUGCAAGAUGGUCCCAGGAAGAAAAGGGACAGGGUUGAUCUCCCACCUUGCACCAUGAUGCACUUUGCUGUCGGUGAAGCUGCCAAGCUCCCAGCAUUAAAUGUUUAUUUAUAUUUAAAAUAAUGCUAUUAAGUGUAUAUGGGGAGAGGGGAAAUACCUGUUUGUCUAUAAGUGUGAACUCUGAAUAAACACCUGUGCAAAGGCA